CGCGCCGCGCGCGGCCCCAGAAAGGGGCGCCGCCCCGGGGUAGACAGGCGAGCGGACUCGAAACUUUUCCUCUUUAAGAAAAAAAAAGUUGUGCGCGGCUCACAGUGGGUUUUUUUUUUUUUUUUUUCCCUCUUCGCCUUCUUUCCUCGUCUCCCCUCCCCCUUCUUCCUUUUGAAAGUUUCUUUUUUUUUUUUUCCCCCGAGUUUGACCGCAUGGCUGAUUCAACUUAAGUGUCAAUCAACUUUUUUUUCCUCCUCUUCCUCAUUUAAAUAAGUUUAAAGCUCCUCCUCCCCCUCCGGCCCACCAAAUCUGAAACUUAUAUAAAUUGGGCUUCGCGCGCCGCAGCCCGGGAGAGUCAGAAAGGCGAGGGGCGCCGGGAGCAGGCGUGUGGGACUCCUGACCGGAGAGCCGGAGGCUGCGCCUUCCCCGCACCGGGACCUUCGCGACACACCAGACCCUCGUCCCUGCCCCGCGCGAGCGCCCAAGAUGACCACCACCCUCGUGUCUGCCACCAUCUUCGACUUAAGCGAAGUUUUAUGCAAGGGUAACAAGAUGCUCAACUACAGUACUCCCAGUGCCGGGGGGUGCCUGCUGGACAGGAAGGCGGUGGGCACCCCUGCCGGCGGGGGCUUCCCCCGGAGGCACUCGGUCACCCUGCCCAGCUCCAAAUUCCACCAGAACCAGCUCCUCAGCAGCCUCAAGGGUGAGCCAGCCCCAGCUCUGAGCUCUCGGGACAGCCGAUUCCGAGACCGCUCUUUCUCAGAAGGGGGCGAGCGGCUGCUGCCCCCCCAGAAGCAGCCGGGAAGCGGCCAGGUCAACUCCAGCCGCUACAAGACCGAGCUGUGCCGCCCCUUCGAGGAGAACGGAGCCUGUAAGUACGGCGACAAGUGCCAGUUCGCCCACGGCAUCCACGAGCUCCGAAGCCUGACCCGCCACCCCAAGUACAAGACGGAGCUGUGCCGCACCUUCCACACCAUUGGCUUCUGCCCAUACGGGCCCCGCUGCCACUUCAUCCACAAUGCCGAGGAGCGCCGUGCCCUGGCCGGGGCCCGGGACCUCUCUGCUGACCGUCCCCGCCUCCAGCAUAGCUUUAGCUUUGCUGGGUUUCCCAGUGCCGCCGCCACCGCCGCUGCCUCGGGGCUGCUGGACAGCCCCACCUCCAUCACCCCACCCCCCAUCCUGAGCGCCGAUGACCUCCUGGGCUCACCCACCCUCCCCGAUGGCACCAAUAACCCCUUCGCCUUCUCCAGCCAGGAGCUGGCGAGCCUCUUUGCCCCUAGCAUGGGGCUGCCCGGGGGUGGCUCCCCGACCACCUUCCUCUUCCGGCCCAUGUCUGAGUCCCCUCACAUGUUUGACUCUCCCCCCAGCCCUCAGGAUUCUCUCUCGGACCAGGAGGGCUACCUGAGCAGCUCCAGCAGCAGCCACAGUGGCUCAGACUCCCCUACUUUGGACAACUCAAGACGCCUGCCCAUUUUCAGCAGACUUUCCAUCUCAGAUGACUAAACCAGGGUAGAGAGGGACCCCCCCCUGCCUACUCUCCUCCCCCACCGCCUCAUCCCCUCCCCACAUCCCCUCCCCUUACCCUUCUCCCCAUCCGAUUCCUGACAAACCCCUACAUAACAAGGUUAAGCUCAACCCCUUUCCCCCAGAACCUUGGACCCCCCCCCCCCCUCUUUACAUCCCACCCCCAACAUAAGGACAAGUCAGUUUGUCAGUAGCUUCCUCUGGCUUGAACCCCCUUGAUUUUUAUAGCCCACUUAACCAUGCAUAACAGACAAGUCCCAUAUUUGUCAGUAGAUGCCUUUUUUUUUGUUACCCACCCCUGGCUUAAGCCUUAAGUGCCAAAUCACAAAAGAAAAAGCAGUAACAGUUUACAGAAGCAACUUAGUGCCUUGUAAUCUAACUUUGUCACUGUGACUACAUUACCUCUUCAGCGCCAGAGGGCACCCGUGGGCCUCCCCAGAGCCUCUGCCCAGGGGAGGGGGAGGUGGGGGGGGGCAUGUAGAACCAGCAGCUCCCUCCACUGGCAACACAAUUGCACCUUUCCUUAAUUUGUCUCCCACAACACUUCCUCCCUCCCUCUCCCUGGUAGCCCCCACACCCCCCUCGGGAGAGUUGUUGCCAGACUUGGGUUUUUGGGGAAACCUGUCUUGACAUUCAAAACCUUUUUCUUCCCGACCUGAACCUCUGUUGACUAAUCUUGCCUGGGUUCGUGUAGGUCUGCAGGAAGGAAGACUGCAAAAGCGGAUGAAGAUUGUGACAUAAGUGGGACUUUGUGAUUUAAUUUUUUUCUUUUUUAAGUGGGGAGGAAGGGGAAGCUAGAUGGACUAUGAGAGACUUGAUUUUGGUGCUAAAGUUCCCCAGUUCAUAUGUGACAUCUUAAAAAAAAAAAAAUAACAACAAAAAGAGAGAAAAGCUUAAAAAAAAAAAACAUGUAAGGGGUGAGCAGUUAAUGGUAUUCAUUCCACAUACAAUAUCUGUGUAAAACGAUUUCCUGUAGAAGUAGCUUUAAUGGUUUUUGCUCUAGAAUACCGUAGGUCUAUCCUUAGAGCACUCACGCCAUGCUUUUUUCCCUGGGUUUUAAACUUCAUAUAACUUUCAGAAAUUGGAGAGCAAAAAUUUUGCUUGUCACUGCACAUCAAUAUAAAAAAGCUUAUUUAACUUAUCAAAACGUAUUUAUUGCCAAACUAUGCUUUUUUUUUUGUUAAUUUUGUUCAUAUUUAUCGGGAUGACAAAUCCAUAGAAUAUAUUCUUUUAUGUUAAAUUAUGAUCUUCAUAUUAAUCUUAAAAUUUUGUGACGUGUCUUUUUCCUUUUUUUCCACAGUUUUAAUAUAUUAUUCUUCAACGACAUUUUUUGUAACUUUACACUUUUUUUGGUUAUUUUAUUUUAAAAAAAUGAAAAAUUAAUUUAAAAAAAUGCAAAAAACUGUUGGAUUAUUUAUUUUAGAAAUUUCCCCCCUUUGUGUUGGACUGCAAAUUGAGUUUCUUUCUCUUUUGGCCUUUCACAACUAGGACUGAGAAUGUAUGUAAAAGUUCUGUGACAGUACAGAAGGAAAACAACUUUUUAUGUAUAGCUUCUAAAAGGGAAAAAAAAAAAAAGAAACCCUUUGACUUCCACGUGCCCAUCUCAAGACAUUCCGAUUGCAGAUUUGAGGUUCUGGAUUCCAGGUUUUGGAGUUUUCCAAUGUUAAUACAAACAGAACUGGCACACCACACAUUAAGAUGAAUGUAAUUAUUAUUCCUCUUGCUGGUCACUACCGUCGCUUUCUAUUUCUCUUUCUUUGUGUGAAUUUAUUUAAAAAAAACUUUUUGUAACGACUAUUUGCAGUUUAAAAAUCAAUAAACCCAUUUUUUUCAAGAAA